UUAAAUUUUAUUUUUCAAACACAAUUCAGCACUCAUGCACCAAAGGCCGUAGAUGUGCAUAUCAUGAAUAAAAGCAAAAUACUGCGAGUGCUGAAAAUCUGAAUGUGCAUCUGGAAUGGAAAUAGAUGUGCACACCAGUUUCUUUCCUGUUAACCAACCUGAGUGAAUCUAACCAAUUGGCUGUAUGCACACCUACACAGCUGUUUUGAAUCUCCCUCGAACCUUAUUGUCCAGUUAAACUAAAUUGCACCGUCAAUCUGCAGUGCAACAUGCUAGUGCUGUAAUGGCUUGGCCGAAAUAGCCAAGUGGUUAUGGUACUGGGUUUGUAACCCCAAGAUCAAAAGUUCAAAUUUCACAAUGGCAAACUAUGAAACAAUGCUGGUGCUGUAAAAUGUGAUUCUGGCUGUGUUGAUAUUCAGAUUGAUGUUUCCUCACCAUACUUAAAUCCGACGGCGCUGAAAUCUGUCCAUUAUAUCUUUUGCUGUAAACUUUCGAUUGAAUCUAUGUAUGUUACAUCGUCAUGAAUGGACUAUUAAAUGACCUGGUUUAUCUAACGCCAGAUCAUUGAAGCUUACAUUUUACUCGUCACCAAACGCUAACAGUCGGAUUUUGAAUUGAUGUGCAUCCUCUUGGCCAGUUUUGCCACGGUUAAACUAUUCGCCGCUGUUAAUAAUUCCCAUUUUAGCUUGGUGGCACCAACCUGCCUGUGGAUAACUUGACGGUAUUGAUCCAUUGAGUAAAGUUGUCCUUUUAUUUCAUACUGCACUCUGCGACCAUUUAUACGUCUAUUUGAAAUCUCUAGAGAGAAACCGGGUCAUUAGAGAUCAUUUUGGUUCUUGGUUAAGAACCAUUAGUUUACGGCAGCCUUGAGUUUAGACAUGAAAUGACUCAUUUGGUUGUCCCCUGUGGGACCCAUUUCUGUUUGUUAUGAAUUAUUUGUAGACUUCCCCCUACUAUUAAAAUUAGCCUCGUCGUGCGUGAAGUCUGCGCAGAUGGCGUCCUGGCAUUUUUUUGCGGUGUUAAUAGCACUCUCUCCUAACCAAUUCUCUUUCCAUUUUAUAUAUUGGAGACGACCAUGCCCAUUCUCCUGGCGACUACAGGAUGAGAGCGUGUCGUUCAGAUCACAGGCAUGCAUCUCGCAAUGAGAUCAUUUGUGUUAUAAAUAUCCCCGUGCCCGCAGUGCCUUUUUCAUGGAUAUCCCUGGCGAACAUACCACAAACGGUCGCUGGUGCAUGGAGCAAAGGAUCAGCAAAAUGCGGGCAUUGUCCUAGCAGCGAGCACUCCGGAGAGAUCCGCUGGAAGAAUGCGCCUUCACUGCCUCGUCCUCCUCUUCCUGAAUCACACCGUCCGCUGCUCUUCUGGGCAGAGCGAGCAGGUAGCGUCCGCAGAACUACUUCGGGGUACAACAAACGAGAGCUCCACAGCCAUGCAGAGCCGUAGAUCACUCAGGAACAUGUACCAAUGGAAUAGGUCUGGGCCCCGCACUGGAAGACUUUAUUGUAGAGUUGGAAUUGGUUUUCAUUUGCAGAUUCAGCCUGAUGGCAAAGUCAGUGGCUCGCAUGAAGCCAAUCUAUUCAGUAUUUUGGAGAUAUUCGCCGUGUCUCAGGGGAUAGUGGGAAUUCGGGGAAUUUUUAGCAACCGAUUUUUAGCGAUGAAUAAGAAGGGGAAACUCUACGCAACUACCAAGUUUACAAAUGAAUGCAUUUUCAAGGAGAGGUAUCAAGAGAACAGUUACAACACUUACGCCUCGGCCACUUACAAAAGCGAAAACAAUAACCGAGAGUGGUAUGUGGCUUUAAAUAAACGCGGUAAGGUUAAAAUGGGGAACAGCCCGCGGGUGAAACCUCAGCACAUUUCUACACAUUUCCUUCCAAGGUUCAAACAGUCUGAGAAAGAAAAGACCUUCAAAAUUACCAGAAAAGUCGCAGAGAAAAAAACGGCACCCAAGCCACCUCCUUCACCGAGCGUCCGCAGGAAGAAUACAAGCGUUGUCAGAUAUCGGCCAAAGUUUCGAUUUGGAUAGUGGCGAAUGGAAUUAACUCUUAUUUGGUUCGGGGGACAGUGGCUUUGCUGGAAAGCAGCUGGGGAUCUCAGAGAGACGCGAGUGUCUGCUUUCCCAAAGAGAUAAGCCACCCACAUACCCAUACCCUGCGGGCAGCACUGGCAGUGUAGGCCAGAAGUCUGACAGUAUUUGAAAUGGAUGCUGUAUCAGCAAUGGAAGUGAGAAACUGUACGGGUAUAAUACAAACAUCAGAACGUCUGCUGGGAGACUAUAUAUUGUCUUGAUUUCAAGCGAUCCUUUACUGCAAAAUAUGCGCUCUUAAAUAUGCAUUCAUUUUCACUGGGAAAUUGAAUUUAUUACGUGUAGUUCUGAGGGAGAAAUGUGCUUAUUUAACAUAAAAAAUCAUUUUUGGUAAAAGAAGCAAACAACGUUUUGAUCCAGGCAGAAAUGUUGAGUGUGUUUUGAAAAAUGUUGCAUCCCUCUUUACUUUGAACGGGAAGUAUCCCUUUUCCAGAGAAGUGCCAUUGUUUUUCUAAGAACAAACAAGGAAUUGUUCAAUUCCCCCAUUCUAAGAUAGGUAGGCAUCACUGGUAUGCGACAACGUACAUUUAUUUCUGCUUGGAAAGCACAUGCAACAGUUUGUUGAUGGAGUGGUCAUAUUCCGGCGGUGCACGACCCCUGAGCCGGCCUUUCUCUGGCUAAACAGGUGGAAGGAUGGAUUACAGACCGUCAAUCAAACUAUCACUUCAGAGUUCGGAUGUUUAAAAUAUCCCUGCCAUGAUCCUAGCAUUCCACUUCUUAACAGACCCGCAGGGAAAGGACCGCUUUACAGAGGGGGAAAAAAAAACCCACACAUGCUUUUGGGACCCAGCUCCUGUCUUAUAGGUGUAUCAGGUGGCAGACAUCGACGUCAUGGUCCAUUAUUGCACACUGUCAUCAGAAACGCUCUGUUAGCAAAAAUCCCUCCUGGGACUCAUGUCGGGAAGGUAACGAUUCCUGUGAUAGCCAUUGGGUUAAAACAAGUACCUUAUUGUGCACAAGGACAACUUGUUCUGAGAGCGUACAUGCUUGAAUUGUACCUGGGUAUCAGAGCCUGCUGUAUUUGCAGAUAACAAGCAUUCAGGCAACAGUCAUUUAUUAUGCAUGCAUUCUUUAUUUAAAUGCUUUAAACCUUUUGAAACAAUAUUCAGCAAUAAUAUUAUUCAAAUGCAGCGCAUGUAUUGCUAUUAUGUUUGUUUACAUUCAUGACAUUUGAUUGUUGAUGUUCUAUGGUGAUCGUCUAUUUACAAAGGUUGUCGCGUCGAAAGUCGUCUGGUUGACCGUUAACAUAUGUUAAAGCAGCUUGUAUAUUUUCUCAUGACCUUUUUGAUCUUAUGGAAAACAUAAGUACUAAUGCCGCAGAAAGUGAUUAAUGAGCAUUUAUUAAUAAAUCUCUCAGAAUCA